AUGAUGAUGACGACGACGCCAAUAGGACCAAUGGCUGCUUCAUUUGAUUAUGCUGAUGCUUUGUCCAAGUCCAUUUUGUUCUUUGAAGGCCAGAGGUCAGGAAAGCUACCCUCUACCCAGCGUAUUACUUGGAGGAAGGAUUCUGGUCUUCAAGAUGGCUCUGACAUUGGUAUGGAUUUAGUUGGUGGUUACUACGAUGCUGGUGACAAUGUAAAAUUCAGCUUUCCCAUGGCAUUCACAGUAGCAACAUUGGCAUGGAGUGUUAUAGAAUUUGGCCAAUUAAUGGGCUCAGAGCAACAAAAUGCACUGGAGGCUAUUCGUUGGGGCACUGACUAUUUACUUAAAGCUACUAGUGUUCCUGAUGUUGUGGUUGGUGUAGUUGGUGACCCGAAUGCUGAUCACAAUUGUUGGGAGAGACCUGAAGACAUGGAUACUCCUAGAACCACUUAUGUGGUUAAUAAAACAAGUCCUGGUUCUGAGGUUUCAGCCGAGAUUGCAGCUGCACUUGCAGCCUCUUCCAUAGCAUUUCAGGGUUCUGAUGCUAAAUAUUCUAAACUACUUCUUGAUAGAGCUAAACAGGUCUUUGACUUUGCUGAUCAGUUUCAAGGAUCUUACAAUUCUAGUAUUCCACAUGGUGCAUGCCCAUUUUACUGUGAUUUCAGUGGCUACGUGGAUGAAUUGUUGUGGGGAGCAGCAUGGUUACACAAGGCAACAAACGAUGCUUAUUACUGGAAUUAUCUUCAAAGAAACCUAAAGCAUCUGGAAACCAGAGAUAUAGAUGGUAAUCCAUUUGAAGGAGCUGGAAUUAAUGAAUUUGGAUGGGAUUCAAAAACUGCUGGUAUUAACGUACUUAUUUCCCAGAGGGUGAUGAAAGACCCUAAGAAUGGUAAUCCUUUUAUUCUCAAUGCCGAUCAAUUUGUAUGCUCCAUAUUACCCGACUCACCUACGGUCAAAUCAGUCAGUUACUCUCCAGGUGGGCUUAUAUUCAAGGCCGGAGGAAGUAACCUACAACAUGCAACAGCUUUGUCUUUCCUUCUUAUUGUUUACGCUCGCUAUAUGAUAGAUGCGAAGAAAGUAGUUCGCUGUGGUGAUUUUGUAGCCCAACCAGAUAAGCUGAUCGAAGUCGCAAAAGGCCAGACGGAUUAUAUACUAGGAAAAAACCCAUUGGGCAUGUCAUACAUGGUGGGCUAUGGCCAAAAGUUUCCUCAAAAGAUACAUCACCGAGGAUCUACCAUUCCUUCCAUUGUUGCACACCCAAAGUUUUUGGGCUGCCAUGGUGGUGACCUAUACUUUAAAAGCCAGAAGCCUGACAUGAAUCAGCUCACAGGGGCUAUCAUUGGAGGUCCCGCUAAGGAUGAUUCUUUUGAAAAUAGUCGAUAUAAUGUUCCACAAUCAGAGCCUACUACAUACAUGAAUUCUCCUUUUGUGGGAGUCUUGGCAUACUUCAAAGCUAGCGUAUAG